CAAACAUAUGACCUCAAGUUUAGGGUCUCCAUGACGUUUACCCUGUGUGUUGCCUAUUGCCUUGCCUAUGUGAAGUCAGGCCCUAGACGAGACCUGCGCUAGAGAACCCGAACAUGAAGAAGGGUCAAUACCACGUGAAUCCUGCCGUCAACAAAUGAGCCCGACUAUGACCGCUAUCCAGGGAGGAGGAUCAGAGGCGAGCGAGAAUGGAGAAGAUGAUCCAGGGGGCUAAGUCUACUCUACCACCAGAAGCGCGUGGUGCUUCACGUCCCUCGAAACCAAAGAAGCCAUCCCCAUAUGCAGCGGAGAAUAACGCACGUCUACUUAGGAAGGCAUCAAACAAUGGUCGUGAACCGUUGAGUGGACCUUUAGUGGACCUUCAAGAUAUCGACGGCCUCAUCUAUAACCGCAUCCAGGAGAUCAUGGGCAUGCCGCUCAUGCGCCGCGUCGCUGCAGUCCGGACGGCCAGCGGCAAGGCGGGCACGCCCUCCAAGCCCCCCCUGCCCCUGUCUACCCGCGGGGCGGGCGGGCGGCGACCCGCUUGGAACAGCGAUUGGAACGCGCCGUCGGGGGGCUCGGGCUCUGACUGGUCGGAGCGGCCCGUGGGGGCGGCGGCUGGGGCUACCGGCGGUGGUGGUAGCGGAGGCGGCGGUGGCGGCAGCGGGGGUGGGAGCCGAGGCGUAAGCCGGGGUGGGGCUGGGAGCGGCGGCGGUGGGAAUGGCAGCGGCGGAGGCGUGAGUGGCGGGGUGAGCGGCGGAGGCGGCCUGAGUGGUGGCGUCAGCGGCGGUGGAGCCCCUCGCGGCGGAGCGCCUGGUCGGGCCACCCCCGGUGCGGCCGGCAGCCCCUCCAACAGCGGCCGCCGCGCCCCCGUGGGCCCCCCGCCCCGCUGCACCGGCACCCCCACUCGCACCACCCGCACCGCCUCCGCCGGCCUGGCCAUCGAGGUGGGCGGCACCUCGGUGGCGACCAUGCGGCAGACCGGCAACCUGCAGACAGCAGGCGAGAGAGUCGUGCUGCUGCCCUCGCCCUCCGCAGCCAGCCCCGGUGCGCACGGCGUGACACCGCGGCAGGCCAGCAGUCGCUACGGCGCCAGCGGCCUCCGGGGCUUCGCCGGCCUGGGCGGCCUGCCUCCUGCGGGCGCCUGCGCCGCCGCGGGCGACUCCAGCGGCGUGUUGGAGCGUUCCACGGUGUCCGCCAUAGCGGCCCUCAACCCGCAUGCACCGGCAGCCCAGGAGGCGGCAGCCCGGCUGGGGCCGCAUGCGCCCGGCUACCGGCAGCAGGGACCCAUGGGUCGCAAUGACGAGAGCGGCGGCGUCACCACCAUGUCCGUGUGGGCCGCUGGACGCGGGCCUUGCGGCCCUGCGGGUGCGGGCUCAGGAGAUGCGGAGUAUGAUCACUCUUCACAUGACGUGAAUGAGGGUGCGUACGCAGCAGCAGGGCAGCGGCAACGGGGGCAGCACCACCCUGGCGGCAGCCGCAGCAGCGGAGGUGCGGGCGGGGUUGCUGGGGGUACCCCGGGUGUUGCAUGGGCUGAGGGCACAGCAGCCGCCGCCAUGCAGUCACUCGCCUCCAUGAGUCGUGCGACCCUCAUGGCUGGUAGCGUGAAUGCUGGCGGAGGCGGCGGUAGCAGCGGCGGAAGCGCAGGUUGUGCUACGGGCGCUAGCACGCGACGACUGCCCCCAGGCAUGCCGCCUCGCUCUACCACGGGUGUGGCGGCGUCCAUUGCGGCGAGGCCGGGCGAGGGCAUACGCGGGCUGCGGCAUGCCUCCCGUCACGCUGCGGAUUACGGCGACGGUGCGGGAGGGGCUGAGGAAGAUGAGGAAGAGGAGGAGGACCCGUAUGCGGAUGACGCGUUUGAGGCGUACGAGGGCUCGGACGAGGAGGGCGGCGUGGUUCCCGCCGGCUGCGGUGCGGUUCAUGGCGAGGAGGGUUUGGGGGGUGAUGCGGGGGAGGAGCUGCCUGACGUGGCACUGCUGCGGUACUCGGUGAACGCGCUGAACGGGCUGGUGCAGCUCAAGAUCCAGGAGAUGAGCCGCAGCCAACACCAGCAGCAGCAGCAACACCCCGGUGUUGCUGCAGCUGCUGCUGGUGCGGGGCACUCGCGCCAUCAUCAACCGGCAACCCAGUCGGCUGCUGCCGCCGGCACCUCCACCACCUCCCCCGCUCGCCACCCCGAGCUGCUCGCCUCCCUGCCACUAGUCGGCUCCGAGCAGCAGCAGCAGGCCCACCACCACCACCACCACGACCACCGCAACGACCUGCACCCGCACCUGCAUGAGGACCCCAGCGGCCACCUCCUGGCUUCCCCUGGCUGCGGCGCGGGGCGGCAGUCCCAGCAGCAGCGCCUGGGCUCCAGUAGCCUCAUGCUGGACGGACUGCGGCAGAGUGACCUGGAGUACCUAGCCCGGCUGGGGGCGGCGGAGUUGUGCGGGGAGGAGGAGGAGGAGGACGCGGCGGGGGCGGCCGGCGGAGGGCUAGAGGCGGGAGGCGAGGAGUCGCGCGUGUGGGCGAUUGAGCCCGGGGCGCCAGCAGGAACGGCGAAGGCGUGGGGGGACCGGCAUGCAUGGACGGAGGGGAGUGGAGGAGGGGGUGGAGGCGGGGGAGGGGGGAGCUCCGGCGGCGGCGCGACUGGGCUGCAGCUGCUGCGGGAGAGGCAGGAGCGGGAGAGGCAGCUGCAGAUGGAGAGGGAUCAGCAGCAGGAGUUGCAGUUGCAGCAGCUGCCGCGGGGGAGUGGUGCGGGGCUGGGGCCGGGGCCGCAGGGCGGUGCGGGCGAGGAGGAGGACACAGUGCUGCUGGGGGAGACCAUGACGCCGCGCCGCCGCACCGGCGGCUUCGCCCAGACCCAGAUGCAGGCCGUCAGCUCCGCCCUCGCCGCCCUGGCUGCCUCGGGUCAGCUGGCGGCGGGUGACGCGGCGGAGCUAGCCACGCAGACGGACGCGCUGUACGGCAGCCUGGUGCAGCUGCAUGCGCUGAUGACGGGGCCGCGGGGCGCGGAACUGCGGCAGGGCUCCGCCUCGGCCUCCCCGGAGGAGGCCGGCAGCAGCCCCACGGAGGGCUUCACACCGGCGGGUCUGUCGCCGUCUGCGUCGCCUCGCCAGUCGGCUGUGGGCGGUGGGGUGCAGCUGGCCAGGCGGCCGAGGGUGGAGACGGACGGCGGCGGACCGAGCAGUGGGGUUGGGAGUGCGGGAGGGUCAGGCAGCCGUGUGGGAUCGAGCCUGGUGGGUGGGGUACCGGUGGCAGCGAGGCAGGUGCCGUUACAGGUGGAGACGUGCGAUCAGCGGCGGCGGUCUAGCAAUGGCGGCAGUGGCGGAGGAGCGGGUGGGGGGGGUAGCCUGGGUGGGGGUGCAGGCGGGGAGACACACAUGCAGUUGACGCCCAAGAACUGCCUGGUGGCGGAGGAUGUGGCGUGGAUGGCGGGGCUGGUGCGUAGCAUCAGCGAGAGCCUGCAUGUGGAGAAGCCGGGCAGCUGAGCAGCGGAGGGAGGGGAGGGGUGUGGUGGUGGGGGCUUGAAUGGGUGGUCAUGGGAAUAUUGCCGCCUUUGGGUAGGUGUUAAGCGGAUUCGAAGGGGUUGCGUUGCGGGGGUUAGGUCGUUUCACCGGAUAGGCGCCGGAGCCGUUGCCUCCUUUUGUGUUCUUCACACUCUGUACCGGUAUGUCACUCUUGGGGGGAUCUUUAGAGGAGGGGUUGUCAUCGCCGUUGACUCAAGGCAUGACGAUUUGUGCUGGUCGGUAUAGUUCGGCCGUAUAGUAACGACUUAAGGCAUGAGGCUGCGAGCGAUACGCGUGACGUAGCUGUGGAGGGGCGCUGUAGGCGCCCAUCACAGGAUAUUAUCUUUAGUCCUGAGGGCCUUGCAAGAGAGGGGUAGCUAGCGCCGUUGCGACGCAACGUUGCCCUGCGUGCAGAGCAGUGCAGUGCAGGCCCGCUUGAGGGCGUCGUGGAGGUUACUAGAAGAGGGCGGGUCCUUGUCCUGUGUAGGCCGUGAGAUCCGACAAGGCGCGUCUUUAAUGUCCAGUGUUAGGAAAGGGCUGUAGUUACUGCGCUUGACGCCCAAUUGGUAUGGCUGGAUUGAGAUCUCCUUCCCUCAUACCGGUAGUGCUGCUGUAGAUGUACGAUAUGUGUUAGUAAAGGGCUGUAGAUUCAUGUGGUUAUCGUUCGAAUGCGUCCGAGCGGGACUUCUGGCGCUCUUUGUUACUUUCUUCUGAUCAAGGAGCGCGUUGUAGUGCAAUAAUAGACUACCUUGCGAACGAUUGAUACCGGUAUUGCUAUCAGCAGAUUCAUGGGUCGCACUACGACUGCUCUGACGUUUAUCCGCUCCUAUAGUUUGUAGGCUGCAAUGCGCAGCAGGCUACAGGGCCCCCGCUGAUCAUGGCUGCUGAAGCCACGUGGGAAGAGAGCGGCGUCCACUGCUCUCUCUCCUGCGAGCUGUAACAGUCCAUGCGCCAAA